AUGUCAAUUAUCUAUCGUUUAAUAACUGUGCUACUAUUUUGGUCUGCAGCAACCAAUGCCUCACCAUUUUAUCCAUAUGCUAAAAGACAAAUAGAUAACGCUACGUCUCCAACAAAUGGAACUAGCUCCCCUACUAACGGUACUUCUGGGGGCUCUAAUAACGGCAGCUCUAGUUCUACUUCAUCUUCUGUUGAAAUAUUUGUUACCUCUGGUAACCUUCCUUCCAAUGGAUCGGCAAAGGCUUUAUUCAAUACUACAGGUACUUUAAAUAUUACUCAAUUAUACAAAGUUAGUGAAGCUGUCAACCAAUCUCUACAGUCAUCAAGUGGCGGCGGUAUUGUCAUCCUAGCUGACAAGAGCUCAUUCGAAUCAUUAUCUUUCUUCCUAUCAAUUGUUCUUAACACUGAAAAGGCUGUGGUUAUCACAAACGACAUUGAAAUAGGUACAACUGUAGCAAUGGAUUCCAAUUCAACAGGUCGUGGUGUAUUAUAUGUUGGUAAGAGUAAAGUCAUUUUUGCUGGUGACUUACCACCAUUUGGUGUUCCAGUGGGUGUUGUCGGCGAUAAUCUCGAAGCUUAUUGGUUUUAUGAUGAGCCUCAAAAGAGUGGGAUGUUCUCCAUGAACUCUACCCUAAGAACUACUUAUAGUAACUUUACAAAUCCAACUCUAAAUUCAGAAGUUGCAGUACCAAUUGUAUACGAACAAGGUAUUGCCUCAAUUCUAUCCUCUUCAUUAGGUAAUUCUUCUUCAAUCGGUGGUUUGGUGAUCGUUAGUGACAAGGUUGUAUCAAAUGUUACGACUCAAUCAACAAGCUCAUCCAGUUCAACUCCUACAUUCCCUGUAAUUUGGGUUAACCCACCAGGAAAGAUUUCUUGGUUAAGUGAGGCUAAUAUUCCAGGUUACGCUAUCGCUGGUGGUUACUUGACUCCUGUACAAGCUCAAAUUCUACUUGGUGUUGCCGUUAAUAACAACGUAACAAGUCCUGAGUCUAUUAGAGCUCUGUUCCCAUAA